CUUCCUUUUCCGCUCAUGCUUUGCUAACAUUGCAUCAGAUUUUGUUACCGGUAUCAGCAAAGAGCGGAGUUACCGGCUGCGUGAGCGGGCUGGGGCGGAGCAAGACGCGGGGGCAGCAGUGAUACAACAGAUCAGAAUGGCUCAGCAGGUAUCUGAGUCCAUCAACUUCCCUGCAGAGGAGGAGAAGAUCCUGGAGCUUUGGAAGUCUCUGGACUGUUUCCAGGAAUGUAUCCGGCAGUCAAAGAAUCGCCCCAGAUACACCUUCUAUGAUGGGCCGCCAUUUGCGACAGGGCUCCCCCACUAUGGACACAUCUUGGCUGGCACCAUAAAGGAUAUUGUUACCAGGUUUGCCCACCAGAGUGGUUUUUAUGUAGAGAGACGGUUUGGCUGGGAUUGUCACGGACUACCUGUGGAAUACGAGAUAGACAAGACAUUGGGAAUAAAGGGGCCGGAGGAUGUUGCUCGCAUGGGAAUAGCGGAGUACAACAAGCAGUGCCGUGGGAUUGUGAUGAGAUACUCGCACGAAUGGGAGUGCAGUGUGACCAGACUAGGCCGUUGGAUUGACUUUAAGAAUGACUACAAGACGCUCUAUCCCUGGUUUAUGGAGACUGUAUGGUGGGUAUUUAAGCAGCUGUAUGAUAAAGGGCUGGUAUACCGUGGUGUUAAGGUCAUGCCAUUUUCCACCGCCUGCAACACUCCUCUGUCCAACUUUGAAGCUAACCAGAAUUAUAAGGAUGUCCAAGAUCCCUCUGUCAUAGUCACCUUUCCUUUGCUGGAAGACCCAAGUGUGUCGCUGGUUGCCUGGACAACCACACCUUGGACUCUCCCCAGCAACCUUGCACUGUGCGUCAACCCAGAGCUGAUCUACGUCCGGCUUCGAGAUAAAUCCAAUGGUAAUAUUUAUAUACUUAUGGAAGCCAGACUGUCUGCUCUCUACAAGGCUGAUACUGAAUAUGAGAUCCUAGAAAGGUUCCCUGGUGUUAGUCUUAAAGGGAAGAAAUACAAACCACUCUUCCAGUAUUUUGUAAAGGCUGCAGGGAAAGGAGCAUUUACAGUUGUGACCGACAACUACGUUAAGUCGGAAGAGGGUACUGGGGUAGUACACCAAGCCCCUUACUUUGGAGCUGACGAUUACAGGGUCUGCAUGGACUUUAACAUCAUCCAGAAAGAUUCGGUACCAGUUUGCCCAGUGAAUGCGUCCGGCUGCUUCACGCAGGAAGUUACUGACUUUGCAGGACAGUAUGUCAAGGAUGCGGAUAAAAACAUCAUUAAGGUGCUGAAGGAACAGGGUCGUCUUGUGCACACCAGCACUUACAAGCACAACUAUCCCUUUUGCUGGAGGUCAGAAACCCCUCUCAUUUACAAAGCGGUCCCCAGCUGGUUUGUAAGAGUGGAGCACAUGGUGGAUAAAUUGCUGCAGAACAACAGCCAGUGCUACUGGGUCCCUGAGUUUGUGAAAGAGAAGCGUUUUGGGAACUGGCUGAAGGACGCCAGAGAUUGGGCCAUUUCUAGGAAUCGUUACUGGGGUACUCCCAUCCCUCUGUGGGUCAGCGAGGACUUUGAAGAGGUCGUAUGUGUUGGGUCAGUGGCAGAACUGGAAGAACUGACUGGUAUAAAAGUGACUGAUCUUCACAGAGAGAGCGUGGACCACAUCACCAUCCCCUCUCGUCGAGGGAAGGGCCAGCUGCGUCGUGUUGUUGAGGUGUUUGACUGCUGGUUUGAGAGUGGCAGCAUGCCCUAUGCCCAGGUGCAUUACCCCUUUGAAAACAGGAAGGAAUUUGAAGACUCUUUCCCUGCUGAUUUCAUUGCAGAAGGCAUUGACCAGACAAGAGGAUGGUUUUAUACCCUAUUGGUGCUUUCCACAGCUUUGUUUGGGAAACCACCCUUCAAGAAUGUUAUAGUCAACGGUCUUGUCUUGGCAAGUGACGGUCAGAAGAUGAGCAAAAGUAAGAAGAAUUACCCAGACCCGGUGCAUGUGAUCAAUAGUUAUGGAUCGGAUGCGCUCAGAUUAUACCUUAUAAAUUCCCCUGUGGUAAGAGCAGAAAACCUUCGGUUUAAGGAGGAGGGUGUGCGAGACGUUCUGAAGGAUGUAUUUUUACCCUGGUACAAUGCCUAUCGCUUCCUGUUACAGAAUAUUUUCCGUCUGAGCAAGGAAGAAGGAGUUCAGUUUCUGUAUAAUGAGAACACAGUGAGGCAGAACAGUAACAUUAUGGACAAAUGGAUCCUGUCUUUCACGCAAUCCCUUAUCCAGUUCUUCAAGGCAGAAAUGUCAGCCUACAGACUAUACACAGUGGUUCCAAGACUUGUUAAAUUUGUCGACAUGCUGACUAAUUGGUACGUGAGGAUGAACCGCCGGCGGCUGAAGGGCGAGAGUGGCACCGAAGACUGUGUGAUGGCAUUGGAAACCUUGUUCAGUGUUGUCUUUUCUAUGUGCCGGCUGAUGGCUCCAUUCACCCCAUUUAUCACAGAGAUGAUGUACCAAAACCUGAAGUUAUUGAUAGAUUUAACCUCCAUGCAGGAUAAAGACACUCAGAGUAUCCACUAUCUCAUGCUCCCACCAGUCCGGGAGAAUUUGAUAGACAAGAAGAUUGAGAGUGCCGUCUCCCGCAUGCAGUCUGUUAUCGAGCUUGGCCGUGUGAUCCGUGACCGAAAGACUCUUCCAAUUAAGUACCCACUGAAAGAAGUGAUCGUAAUUCAUCAGGACCCCGAGGCCCUAGCAGACAUCCGAUCCCUAGAAAAGUAUAUUCUUGAGGAACUGAAUGUUCGACAGGUGACGUUUACUACAAACAAGGAUAAGUAUGGCGUCCGCUUGAGAGCGGAACCAGACCACAUGGUUCUUGGAAAGCGAUUGAAAGGGGCAUUUAAAUCCAUUAUGGCUGCCAUCAAGGAGCUGAAGAGUGAUCAGUUAGAGGAAUUUCAGAAGAGCGGCUCUAUAGUGGUGCAGGGGGAGGAGCUGCACGAAGAUGACCUCCGACUGCUCUACACCUUUGAUAAAAUUGCUGGAGAAGACGCUCAGUAUGAGGCUCAUUCUGAUGCCCAGGUUCUGGUUCUUCUCGAUGUCACACCGGACCAGUCCAUGGUGGAUGAAGGAGUUGCCAGGGAAGUGAUCAACCGCAUCCAAAAACUAAGGAAAAAGGGAAACUUAGUCCCAACUGAUGAGAUCACUGUGUACUACCGAUCUCAUCCGGAGGGAGAUUACUUGCAGUCUGUCAUUGAGGGACACACAGACUUUAUCUUCGCUACCAUAAAGUCUCCACUGAAACAGUAUCCAGUUCCCCCGUCUUCUAAAGUGGUUAUACAGGAGAAGACACAGCUGAAAGGCUCAGAGUUGGAGAUCACUCUUGUCAAAGGCUCCUCUCAUUCCGCAGACGUAUCAUCAGGCCCUGCCUGCGCUUAUAUCAACCUUAACAUUUCAGUUAAUGGGACAGAGCAAAGUGGAUUUUUCCUGUUGGAAAACCCAAAAGGAGAUGUUGUAUCCAACUUCCAGGAGUUAAAGUCUGCCAUCUGUAGCAUAUUCCACCUGAAGAGCCCACGGGUGACCAUAUACGAUGGAAAAACAGAACUCCCCAAUGACACAGACCUGCUGAGUCUAAAUGGGAAGACCUUGAAUGUGACGUCAGGAUCUGCCCCCGCUGGUAAUUCAGUAACUCCAACGCUGUGUCAAUAUAUCAACUUCAGGCUGCAAAACACUGAUGCACAAGGUACGCUGCUAUUAGAAAACCCUGUGGGUCAGAACGGUCUAAACUAUCAAUCGCUUCUGCUUGAAGUCGCCAAGAUUUUUAGUCUUAGGAGCCGGAAAUUCAAAUUGUACCUGGAUGCAGCUCUGAGCCAGGAACUGAGCCCAUCAACAACACUGGGAAGCCUACACCAGAAGACCCUUUAUGUUCACGUACUACCGACAACAGCCGAGUGUUAGCAGCACCCAAUUACUACUUCUGUGUUGCUCUGGUCAGAAGGAACAGACGUGCAACCUCUGGGCCAGAAACCACUGGCCAAAGUCACCAUUGUGCCGCUGCCCCGACUGUAACAACCCAUUUCGAUCCCUUUACCAUCUUGUUUCUACGGGAACCUCUGUUCAGGAAUCAAGAGCUUUAGUUUGUUGAAAUCCUAUAUCAGUUGUAUUUAUUAACCAAAGACCACAGAAGAUUUAUGCAAUUCCCAGCACGCACUGCGGUUUAUUUUUUUAUUCAACUUGAUGUUAACAAUUUUUUUUUUUUAAGUAAGGGUACUGGAAUUCCUAGAUUUAAUGUAAUUUCCCCUAUAUAGAUGUUAGGGGGUCCUAUUCAAGCUUUGAUGUUUUAGUAAAAUACAAUUCAUUAUGCCCCGAAUGUAUUAUGGGUGAGGGGAUUAUACUGAGCACCUUGUGGUGUGGAAUAGCCGGCACGUAACUGUGACAUCAGUAUAGGUCAGCCACUGUCGUAUAAAUCAGAAGGCAAUGUUCUGAUUGGUGUGUGUCUAUUGUGUGUUGCGAGGCCCAGUAAGCAGGUUUACAUUGAUUAUUUGGACAUGCCCCAUCAAUGGUUUGUGCAUUCUUCUGAUGUAUACUUCAUGGUAAUUAAACAAGCUCUUUCUGUAAUUUUUGACUCGUCAGCAUUUCUAUUCAUUAACCUGAUGCAAUGCAGCGGAUGCAUUAUAGUCCAGACCUUCCAUUUUAUUUGACAUUUCUAUAGAUUUUUCUUGUCUGUCUAUAGGAGGUCAGAGAGGAGCCUUGUACCUUAUAAAUAUGAGUACUUUGUUAAAAGGAUUUUCAAAACAAUUUCUUCUACAUACAAAUGUUUAGGUAACUCCUUGCUUUUGAAAUUCUAGAUUUUUCAUCGUAAUUUGAGUAUUUAAGAGGGAAAACAUGUAGUUUUAUUUUAUAUGUGAUCAUUUUAUCAUUUUAAGCUGAUAAACGUUUUAUCAUAUAUGUAAGAGCACUAUUUAUUCAUGUCAAUAUUCUUUUGCAUGAAAAAAAGGUUUAGGUCCCCAUUUAGCAGAUGCUGGUUGGACAAGGCAUUGCGGCAAGUGACAAGGAUCUGUGCCUGCAGUUAUCAGCCAUGCCGGUGUUCUAUCAUAUUUUCCUACUGUCUGUAUUGCGCAUGUGCAAAACUACAACAUCACAUUCCACAGAUGUUCCUAAAACAGCUGUGGAAUGUGCUGACGUUAUUGUCAUGCGCAAAUGGAAGUGUAGGAAAAUCUGAUAGGGGCUAGUAAUAAUUACUACCGCUUCCCUGAGUAAUGCGGUGACGUAAUUAGCGCAUGCGCAGAUAGUAGGUAGGAAGAUCUGACAGAACACUGCAUUCUUCUUUAAUGCGGGGAGAAUAGGAAGUUCUGACAGUGAAUAAACAGAUAGUAAAAUCCAACAGAGGACUGAUAAAUGUAUCGGCGCAUUGCUCCUCUUACGUUACGUUAAUAAACUCUGAAUGUUUACAAAUUAUGAUACAGAUCUAUUAGUCUAAAAGGGGUAUUUGUCAAUUUAUUAUUAUUAUUAUUAUCAUUUAUUUGUACAGCGCCGCCAAAUUCCGUAGCGCUAACAAACAAUUUAUGCCAAUGAUUGAUAGGGUGUAUAAUUAAUAAUAAAAAAAAUAUUAUAACAUG